UGAGCCUUGCUAUACAUAUAAUGUAUGAGGUGAGGAAAACAGAUUCUUUACAAGAUUGUAUCUCGGUAACAAUUGUGAUUCUAACAUAUUUCCUGCUGUCUUCAAAUUUUUAGAAACAACUAUGUCAGUCAUUUAUCAUAGCGCAAGUAAUAAGUUAUCAUUAUAAGCUGUAACAACGUGUAGAAAAAAUUUUUAGCGUCUAAGAGAAUUGUUUUAAUUACGAAUUUUUUGAAAAAUAAGACUUUCAUUCAGCUCGGGUCACGUUUUUUAUCAGCAAUGGCACAAGAUCUAAAAACUCAUCAAGUUAUUCCGGAUGUAAUUGAUAACGUUCCACCAUCUGUUCUCCAAGUAACAUACCCUAAUAAUAUCAAAGUUGAGAUUGGCAAAGAGUUAACUCCAACUCAAGUAAAAGAUAAACCACAAGUUCAUUGGGAUGCUGAAGCUGGAGCGUUUUACACUCUUUGCAUGACUGAUCCUGAUGCUCCUAGUCGUGCUGCUCCCAAGUUUCGCGAAUGGCAUCAUUGGCUAGUUGGAAAUAUCCCAGGAAAUAAAGUAGAAGAAGGAGAAGUGUUGUCAGAUUAUAUUGGAUCAGGACCACCACCAGAUACUGGCUUGCAUCGUUAUGUUUUUCUUUUGUACAAACAACCUGGAAAAUUAAGUUUUGAUGAAAAACGUUUAACUAACAGAAGUGGAGAAAAUCGUAAUAAUUUUGCAAUUAGAAAAUUUUCUCAGAAAUACAAACUUGGUGACCCAAUUGCUGGCAAUAUGUAUCAGGCAGCUUGGGAUGAUUACGUUCCAAUCCUUUAUAAACAACUUGAAGGAUAAAUAAAUAGAUUAAAUGAUAAAACAAGGUCAAAUAAGACAUAUUAUGUGUAAUACAUAAAAUUUAAUAAAUACUUUGAUAAUUAA